CUAAAUCCAUGUAUUUAUUGAACCUGAUGGAGAUCACUCUUAUUGAGAUUUAUUUUCUUUUUUAAUAAUUACGAACACGUGUUGUGGGCCACUUUGUCAACUGCUCAGCGUCUGAAGCUGAGUUUGAGAUAUUCAACCAUACUGUAGCUUUAAAAGUGACUUUACUUCACGCAAUAUACAUUUCACACACUCCUUGAGAUGAAAUCAUUCCACCACCCAUCCCUAUAGUGGUCAGAUAUAAAAGACCAACACGUAGUCACGUUUAAACCGGGGAGCAGAGGAAGUUCUAGUGGCCAAUAAGGUUUUUUCUUUUAUCAAGAACAUACCUUAUACAUUUGAUACAAUAAAGACGCCUUUGGAUGCGCACGGGGCCACGCAGCAGUACAACUAUGGAUGUGAGUCGAGAUAAAUUACCUAAAGAUUUAGUGGUACUAAAUCAGCUCGAUGACGGCGAUAACCAAUUCACAGAUCACUCCACACCUACAGGACACGUCCGCACCAUCGGGGAUAUGUUUCACUUUGAGUUGGAUGUGAGUGAAUUCGCUCCCGAGGAUGUUGUCAUCACGUCUUCCAAUAAUCUCAUAGAGGUUUCUGCUGAAAAGAUGGAAAAAGACGGCACCGUCACAAAUACCUUCUCACAUACAUGUAGGUUGCCUGUGGCCAUGGACCCAAUGUCUUUGACCGCAUCGAUGGGAGACGAUGGGAUCCUGAAGGUUAAAGGCCGCAGGGAAGCCAUCUCCAUUCGUAAUCUGAAAUAAACCAAUACAAA